AUGCCACCCACCCCAGCCGCCAACGACAACGACAACGACAUAACCAUCCACACAAGCACCCUCUUCGACCCCAAGCAAAAACGCUUCCUAACCAACACCACGCUCACCGUCUCCCCGACAACCGGCCUCAUCACCUCCAUCCACCCCACACCGUCCCCGCCACCCCCCUCCACCGGCCACACAAUCGACCUCCGCAGCCACCAAAACCAACAACCCCUCACCAUCCUCCCCGGCCUCGUCGACGCCCACACCCACAUCUUCCUGCACCCCUACGCCGAAGCCGCGGCCCUCGUCCAAAAACGCGACGAGUCGGCCGCCGAACGCAUCCUGCGGGCGGCGAACCACGCGCGCGCGGGCUUGCUAGCGGGAUACACGACGUAUCGCGACCUGGGGUCCGAGGGGAUGGGGGACGCCGACGCGCGGGUGCGGGACGCGGUGGCGCGGGGGAUAGUGGCGGGGGGGCCGCGGAUGUUCGUGGCGACGAGGGCGUUGGCGGGGACGGGGGGGUAUGAGGUCAGGAGUGAGAAUGCGGCGGGGGAUGGGUGCUGUGGUGGGGGUGGCGGGGGGGUGACGCUGCCGGCGGGUGGGGAGGCGGUGGAUGGGGUGCUGGAGUGCAGGAAGGCGGUGAGGCGGCGGAUCGCGGCGGGCGCGGAUGUGGUCAAGUUUUAUGCGGAUUAUCGGCGGCGGAUGAUGCGGUGGCCGCCGGCGCAGCAGCAUCCGUAUGUGGCGGGGGUGCUGUGUCCGCCCGAGGUGCCGAAUCCGGAUGUCAUGGUGUUGGACGAGGAGGAGAUGGAUGCGAUUGUGAGGGAGGCGAGGCUGGCGAAGUGUCCGGUCGCGGCGCACUGUGGGAGCGUGGAGGCGGGGUUGGCGGCAGUGCGGGCAGGGGCGACGACGGUGGAGCAUGGGUAUUUUGCGAGUGAGGAGCUGUUUGAGGAAAUGGUGAAGAGGAAGACGAUUUUUGUGCCGACCUUGGCCGUGUGCGAGAGGCUGCAUCAGCACAGGUUUGGCGAGAUUUUGGCGAAUGCGGGGCUUGCGUAUAAGAUGGGCGUGAGGUUCGCGGCGGGUGGGGACACGGGGACGUUUCCGCAUGGGGAGAAUGUAAGAGAGGUGGAGUUGAUGAUUGAAGCUGGUAUGCCACUGGAAGAUGCUCUCGAGUCUUGCACGGUUGGCGGAUGGGAAGCGUGCGGCGGUGACUGGUGCGGAGUCAAAUUCGGCUGGUUCGAGCCUGGGUGCAGGGCCGACAUCAUUGCACUGGAAGGUGAUCCGCGGGAGGAUCUAGGCGCGUUGAGGAGGGUAAGUUUUGUCAUGAAAGACGGAAAGGUUUGGAAAAAGGACGGAGAGGCUGUCGGCAUGAUUUGA